ACGUAUUUCCUGCCAUGGCUCAACAUGUGGGUCCACUAGCAGCAGGCCUUGUCUGGCAACUACUGAGUGCAAAAGAAGAAGCUUGGAAAAGUUUAGCACCCGCGGCUGUCGAAUUGGCUACUGCAGAGAUGGACCAAAUUUGGCACCAAACAUUAAGUCAUAAUCGCCGUGGGAGCGAGCAGGAGGAAAUUCAUUUACUCUAUCUUUUACAUCGUUGCUUGAAGACCCAAAAGUUACAUCCCACAACUAUUUUGCAAGCCUGCGCGUGCUUUCUAACCUCGAGCGACACAGUCAAGAACCUUGCUUGGUCGUUUUUCAAGGACUGUGAGUCGGACCUAAUGGCUUUAGAGUUUACAAAAUUUUUUCAAAGCUUUGAAAAAAUCUUUUCCGUUGAACUUUGCCGCCUGCUAAUUGUUUGGACAGCGGUGCAUUGCAUGUCCUCUUCGGUAUACUAUCCCGCCUUACUUGACCUCUUGCCUAUUCUGUCCAAAACCAUUCAACAAAAUUUAAACGAUCCGAAUAAUGUUGCGGAAAUGGAAAAGGAGUUUUGGCUGAAGUGUCUCGUUCAACAUUGCCUCUACCAUGCUUCUGAUUCAUCUUUGUUGUUUUACUUGGAAAUGUUUUUAGAUUCUCAUGAGCUUCAACAAUGUCUCAUUGUAAUCUUAGAGGAUAAGAAGCUUUUGAAUCGUGUAAAGGAUCAUGGCAAUCCUGAAAUCCGCAUGAUGUUAGACAAUGCCCUCAAGCAUUACAGGAAAUUACAAGCUCAACAAGCUUCUGUCGUCUCUCGUGAUUCCUCUAAUACUUUUGGUGUUGAUUCCAAUGACAUUCAAAAUCUAAUAGAACUUUUCCCUCAACUUUCUAUAGAAGAAGCCGGUGAUUAUUUAGCCCAGAGCAAUGGUCAGAUGGAGUUAGCUUGUGAAGCGGUAUUAACAAAUCUAACUUCCAAUAUACCGUCUACUUCAUCUCUUCCUCCUCCCAAUCGUCCUUCUGCUCCCCUGUCACUCAAUGAUACUGUAAAAGCAGUCAUCCCCAACCGUAAUACAUCGACCUCUGAUUUGCAGUCCUCACAAGAGCAAGAUCGUUUAGAUUUAUUAAACGUCGCUCCGGAAAAUAUUUAUUUAAAUAAAAAACCAGAAGAGAUCGACUUUUGGAAGUCUUCUGCUUCCGAUAGUCAAAAAUCGAAAACUCUCGACUUGUUGACCUUGGCUGAAGAUGAUGAGUAUGAUGACACAUAUGAUAACGCGGAUGCAGUUGUGCCUGUAGAUCCUGGUGUUCAGGAUGAUAACCCAGAAGCAACGUCGAAAGAUGCCCAUGAGUACCAACGAUAUAUUAAUCAAGUCCUCUUGCGCGCUUAUGAAAAAGACCCCAAACUUUUCGAUCAAAGCGCCAGAAAAACAAAAGAACGUGCUGAUCUCAUUAAGCAAGCUGAUAAUGCUUUGACGCAUGAGCAAAUUGAGGGAUGGCGACGUAUGUUUACCACAGAUACCAAGUUUGCGUCCCUUAUCAAGCGUGAAGUCCAAUUUGAGGUUGGAAACCAAAACGUUGGGUCUUUAAAUCGCUCAAAAUAUCGAAAAUCAAAUGAAAAGAUAGAAGAGGACGUCAAAAAACCAUCCACACCUAGACCUUCGAGACCUCCUCCAAACCCAGCUUUGGCGAAAAAGAAGUAUGUUCGACGAAAACCAAAUAAAGCGUCUAAUGAAAAAAAGUAAUAUUUUUGGGAUUGUCUUUUUGUUGGAUAUUUAUGCAUGAAUUAUACUACCGGUAAUGGAUGAAUUUAGAUAAUACUCGAUAGACUAAAAUUUCUAUCCUUGUUCUUUACUUAUACCUUAACAAGUAAAUAAAAUAAAUAAAAUCUUAGGAUUUAUUGAAAUGAUUAUCUUUUCACAGCUUCUGUUGCGAUAUCGGCUAACCCAA